AAUCAGAAUAAUGUUCUACAUAAACUUGUUGGAGAACCUGAAGGUUUACAUCAGCAGUCGACCUCCGCUUGUGGUCUUUAUGAUCAGUGUAAGUGCUAUGGCAAUAGCGUUUCUGACACUGGGCUAUUUCUUCAAAAUCAAGGAGAUCAAGUCCCCAGAAAUGACUGAGGACUGGAAUACGUUCCUCCUGCGGUUUAAUGAUUUGGACUUCUGUAUAUCUGAGAAUGAAACCUUAAAGCAUCUCAUCAAUGAUACCACAACUCCAGAGAGUACCGUGACUAGUGGACAGGCAAGAUCUUCUACACAAUCUCCACAGACUCUUGAGGACUCGGGUCCAAUAAACAUCUCUGUUACCAUCACGUUGACACUGGACCCACUCAGACCAUUCGGCGGGUAUUCACGCAACGUCACACAUCUAAGUUCCACCAUUUUUGGACACCAGAUUGGACUCUCAGGCAGAGAAUCCCACGAGGAGAUAAAUAUUACGUUCACCCUACCAGCUGCCUGGAAUUCCGAUGACUGCGUUCUUCACGGCCACUGCGAGCAGGUUGUGUUCACAACCUGCAUGACUGUGACAGCAGCCAGCAAUGUGUUUCCUGUCACAGUUCAGCCACCACAUUGUGUUCCUGAAACAUACAGCAAUGCCACGCUCUGGUACAAGAUCUUCACCACAGCAAGAGACUCUAAUACAAAAUAUGCACAAGAUUAUAACCCUUUCUGGUGUUACAAAGGAGCAAUUGGGAAAGUGUAUCACGCUUUAAACCCCAAACUAACUGUUAUAGUUCCAGAUGAUGAUCGCUCUCUAAUAAACCUGCAUCUCAUGCACACCAGUUACUUUCUUUUUGUGAUGGUGAUUACCAUGUUCUGCUAUGCAGUUAUUAAAGGCAGACCAAGCAAACUGAGGCAAAGCAAUACAGAAUUCUGCUCUGAGAAGGUUGCUUUGUCAGAAGCAUAAUCCAUCCUCUCCUUUGACUGAGAAUGACCGAGAACCGUAAUCCUUGCCUGCUGAA